GCCCGCGUAAGCUUCUUUCUUCUUCACUUAUCUGUUAGUUUAGAGUAGCAGUUAAUUAAAACUCAAUUUCACUUUAACUUCUUCUUCUUCAAUCUUCCAAUUUUCUGUAAUAAUCAUUUCCAAUCACAACCAACUAGCACUAAAAUCAUACACAAACCAUUUCCUUACUUAGUUAAUUAAUUUGUUAGGUAGUAAUUCUAUGAACACAAUUCGAUCUCGUUGGUUAACAAAAAUGGCGGCAGAAAACACUGGAAAAAACAGCCUCGAAUCUCACGGUUUCUGGCCAUUUCUCCGCCGUUGGAUCCCUACUUCCACCGACCACAUCAUCAAUGCCGAGAAACGCCUUCUUUCUCUUGUCAAGACUCCGUAUGUUCAAGAACAGGUGAAUAUAGGAUCUGGUCCACCAGAUUCAAGAGUGAGAUGGUUUCGUUCAUCUAGUAAUGAACCGCGGUUUAUUAACACCGUUACUUUCGACAGUAAAGAUGAUUCGCCUACGCUUGUAAUGGUUCAUGGAUAUGCUGCAUCACAAGGUUUCUUCUAUCGCAAUUUUGAUGCUCUUGCUUCGCGUUUUAGAGUUGUUGCUAUUGAUCAACUUGGUUGGGGUGGAUCUAGCAGGCCAGACUUUACAUGCAAAAGCACUGAAGAAACCGAGGAUUGGUUCAUUGAUUCUUUUGAGGAAUGGAGGAAAGCCAAAAACAUAAGUAAAUUUAUACUUCUUGGGCAUUCUUUUGGUGGUUAUAUUGCUUCCAAAUAUGCGCUUAAGCACCCAGAGCGUGUACAACACUUGGUUUUGGUGGGAUCUGCUGGAUUUUCGUCAGAAACAGAGAGGAUUACAAAGUUCUUAUCAACAUGGAAGGGAUCAAUCCUGAACCAAAUAUGGGAAUCCAAUUUCACACCUCAGACAAUUAUCAGAGGUUUAGGUCCUUGGGGUCCUGAUCUAGUCGCCAGGUAUACAAGUGCUAGGUUUAUCCAAUACUCAACUGGGGAACUGCUGACAGAAUCUGAAUCGAAGUUACUAACAGAUUAUGUUUAUCACACGUUAGCAGCCAAAGCUAGCGGUGAGCUGUGCUUAAAAUAUAUUUUUUCAUUCGGAGCAUUUGCCAAGUCGCCUCUUCUACACAGUGCCUCAGAGUGGAAAGUGCCCACCACUUUCAUAUAUGGUUUCAACGACUGGAUGAAUUAUGAAGGGGCCCAAGAAGCUCGCAAGCAUAUGAAGGUUCCAUGUGAAAUCAUCCGGGUUCCACAGUCCGGGCAUUUUGUGUUCAUUGAAAACCCAUCUGGCUUCCAUUCAGCGGUAUUUUAUGCUUGUCGAAGGUUUCUUAGUCCUGAUCCCGACAGUGAAUCCCUUCCUGAAGGGCUAACAUCUGCAUAGAGUAUAAAUAUUUGAAUGCUGUCUGUAAAUAUUGUAUCUCAUUUUUUACGAAUAAAUUCUAUAAUUUAAUCAAGCCUUGUCCUGGUCUUGCUUAAUGGCAUUACAGUUGUAAGAGCAAUUCAAAGAAAAGAAACCUGUAAUAUAAAUUUGAUUAGUGAUAUACGUCCUAAUUAGAAGGUAUGUGAUAUUCUUUUAUUCA